AUGGAGCCGGAAGCGAGGGAGGGAGAGGGCGGGGAAACCGCACGACGGCAUCUGUGGGAGUUGAUCAAAUACCAUCCCGAUGACGGCGUCGAAAACGGGGAAGAAAGGGGGAACCUGGUCGCCGCGGCGUGCGCGACGCUGGUGAACUUUUUCCACUCCCUGAACGACCUCCCGACGGCGUCGGCGAUCGCGGAGAUGGUCAUCGCGGAAGGCGGGGAGCUUAGUAAGGAGGAUCGGAUCGACUUUCUGAAAGUGUGCGCCCUACAUGCCCUUUCCAACACGGUGGAGUCGGGUGAUUCGUCGUUGAUCGCCACGGCGACCCUUCUCACGCGGCGAAUCCUUCCGAUCCUGAAGGAGCGCCCCGUCAUGACGCCUGCCGAGUACUUUUGGUGGUGUCGUUUUCUCUUUUUCAUUAGCGAAUCCAUCUCAGAAGUGGAGGUUGACGUCGGGAUCGAGAUUGGCUGCGCCGCCGUGGAGCUCUUUCGAUUCAGUUGCGAUGCCUCCCUCGAGGAGAACAAGAAAAUGCUUCACGACCAGACGUUUCUUAUUCUUCAUCGAGAGUUCGACCUGUUCGUGUACGGCAUGCCGAAAUUGUCGGUGGAAACCAUCGCCUCAUAUCUCUCGCUCGUUCAAGAAGGCAGCCACGCGGAGGAGGACGAAGCGGCGGAUGUGGUCACCGUCCUCUUGAGCCGCGUUGAACUCCACCUCCGUGGGCUUUCACCGGAAGCCGCGAUCGCGGAGGUCGAGGCGGCGGUGAACCUAACGACGCUGAUCGCGGCGGGGGCAUCGCAUUACGACUUGGAGGCCCUCGCCGGCGCGAUCACCUUUAUCGGGAAUCAACUCGGCAACGAGGUGGUGCUUCAGUAUGCCGUUACCGUGCAGCUGGCUGCCGCCGCCCAGUUCGGGGCGAGCCUCGAGAAGGGACCCCUCGAUCCCGCCGCCCCCUCGCCCAUGGCGUCUCGAACGCUUCUGACCCCUGACGCCUUGGCAUCCUUGUUGAUCCUGUAUUAUAAGGCGUAUCAGAUGGCGAUGGAUCCCGCGCAGCGCGAGGAAGUGCUGAAGGUCGUCCAGGAAAAGGUGCUCGGCAACUUAUCCCCCGCCCAAACGAUGAGGGAAUACCUGGCGCGGUUGACGGAUGACGAGGAAGCCACCGGGGAUGUGAUGAGCGAAAAAAUAGAAACGCUUCUUGAGUACUUCGCCAUCGAGGCUUGGAAUAAGGCGGUUCGCUUUAACGCCACCCACAACCGCGAGCAGAUGCUUUGCUGGCGGAAUUUCGCGGAGACUUUUUCGCGUGUAUUGUCGAUGGAAAAUCCGGCAAGAAUUGCCAUCACCGAUCUCUCGUCUAGAAUGCCUGAAAUGUAG